GAUUGCCUAUAACUUUCACCAGUCUUCGAGUGCAUUUGGCUUGUUAUCAGUUCGGAGGGAGAUUUUGCAAAAAGCAACUGCAGGCACCUGUUCAGUCCCGUUUCGCAACCAUGAUCGACGUGGUAGGAAUCAUCUUCGCCCUGCUGGUGGCCGCCGGAGGCAUUUUCGGCUACGUUAAAGCAGGUUCGCUUCCCUCGUUGAUUGCGGGCGUCUCGUUUGGCAUUUUGUUGGGCGUGGGGGCGUAUUUCAACUCGAUCGAGCAGCCGAUUCCGUUGAUCCAGAUCAUCUUGCUGGUUCUGCUGGCGGCGAUGAUGGGCUUCCGGUGGAUUCGUACCGGGAACUUUAUGCCCCCGGGAAUUAUCGUGGUGCUGUCGUUGGCCGUUCUCGUGUGGACCUGCGUGACGUACCGGGACCACUUGCCGUUCUCUGCUGGACCGACGCCGAUUGUUACGGAUGGCGUUGUGGAGAAGAGCGGUGUUGAGGGUAGCACCUUGAUGCAGUAAAGUUAGAGGAAUUUCGAGGCUUAUCUUCACUAAAACGGACUAUCUAUCUCUUCGUACAAACCAAUCCAGGAAUUUUUCGACGAAAUUAUUAAAGAUUUGACUAUUGUAUUUUAAAGAA